UGCUGAAUCACGACGUCUAAGUGAUUUUUUAUCCUCCCGCAACAUCAUGGUUCUCCUGCAGUAUCUGGUAAUCGUUUCGCUCGCGUCGUUCUACGAGUUACGGAACAUAUUCGAUUAGUGGAUUCUGCAACAGCACAAAUAUAUACAUUCAUCCUUCUUGUGCAACACAAAUAAUAAUCAAAUAUGCCGUUCGGAGAGAUCACCUUCACGCACGCGGCCCGCAUCGGGGAGCGGCUGAAGAACAACAACCCGCAGACUUCCUGUUUGAUCGAGAUCCCGGGCCAGGAUGCCGCUUACGAGGGCGUGCUGUACGUGAACAAGCAGCCGAUAAGGUCGGUGAACCAGCUUUACCUGGAUAUUAAGGCCCGAAAAAUCCAGCUCGGGAAAGCCACCACCUUCGAGGCCGCGCCGGCCAGCAACCCCACGGCCACCAAAAAGGUGGACAUUGAGAACAUCCACGCAGGCGCGGAGAUCUCCGACCGCGGCAAGGAGUGCUGGCUGCGGACCCGGUCCACCGCGCGAAACCAGCCCGAGUAUGUGGCGGGCGAGGUGAAGGAGUUGCGCGUGGUCGCGCCUGAUGGCAAGCGGAUGGCGAAGAACGGAGAGGAGGGAAACCCGCAGUCCUACGUCUUUUUCGACGAAUUUUACAUGCUGGACGGCAACCGCCGGCGCGGGAAGCUCCCGAUGGAAAUGGGCUGGUACUCGGCAAUAUGCACUGCAAAAGUAUCGUACUAGUAGUAAUCGCAUUACAAAUUCUUGGCUCAGGAUGACAAACGAAAUUUGUCAUGCUGUUUUGCCUUGGGAUGGAGAUUUGUGAUGCAUGACUGCGAUUACUACGAGUACGAUACUUUUGCACAGGAUAGGCAACGGACUGCUUCCGCCGGUUGUCGCUCCUGGAGCGGCUCCAGCGCGAAACCCGUAUGGAUGUGUCAGGAUCGAAAUCGACAAAGUCGAAAAAUUUGCGAUGCAUAAAAUGUAGGGCACCGUAGGCCUGUAUUGGGGAGCAGGCAAGUGAGACCGAUUGCAGGCCUGUUUAGGGGUAUGCAAUGUGUUGCCAGAGUAGCAUGACAGGAGCAGUCUUCUUUACCCAAACAGCAUGACAGACGGAUUUUGUUGCUCUCAAAAUUUGUCAUGCGCCACUUGAAAACUCCUGAGGCCGCGACUGGUAUCGAUCUUGUGCAUCACAAAUUUUUCGACUUUGUCAAUUUCGAUUCUUACACUUCCAUAGCCCGCGUGUGCCCCUUAACCCGGAUCGUGAUGGAAGCCCCCAUUACGGACCUGAACGGCUACUCGAAUUAUGCAUUGCAAAUAUCGAAACCUGGGUCUGGAAAUUUGUGAUGCUAAGCUGUGUAUGAUGUUGAUGAGAGCUCUACUUCCAAAUGCAGGAUACUCCAUGACAAAUUUGCAGAACUACGCUUUCUCCGCUCAUACACAGUCUGCAUGAGAAGCUGCCUUUUUGCAACAUGACCACAAGAGAGACUGCGAGAACUUUUGUUACUCAGGAAGAUGAUGCAAUACAGAUUUUUCAGGAAUGCGAGACUCGCAAUACAGGUUCAUCCUUCCGCUGAGACGUCCACGUCCAGGGAUAUUUGUAUUGCAUAUUAAGCACACCGGCCCAAUUUUCUACACCAAGGACCCGCUGCCGCGGAUCAUCGAGAUCCAGAAAGCCGUCCGGAACCUGUUGAAGGGGGUCAUUCCGGAGGAGAUCGUCAGCCAGUAUGGCUUAUCAAAUGCAAAUAUGUCUGGGUCUGGAAGGAUGCAAGGUUUGGCAUGCUUGUCGGGCAUGACUCUUAAAUCUGUGAUGCAUGAGCAGGCAAAGGGCCUCUUGCCUGUCAUGCAAAAACGCAGUUUGUCAUGCGAAAAACGAAACACACAGCAGUUGAAAAACUUGUCAUGCUGGGCUGCAUAUUGCAGCGCGCCCACAAUUGAAGAUUCAUUGUUCGUAGAUUUGCAUCACAAGUUUCUAGACCCAGACAUUUUUGCAAUGCAUACGGCUCUUUGCCAACUAGCGAGGAAGCGGACUCCAUUCUGGGUUCGCACGUGGAGUACGACAACAGCAUGAAUUUUCCGGGUUCCGACUUGGAGAAGGACCGCCGGGGCACGCAGGUCGAGGUCUACAAACGCGUGUCCGCGGUCCACAAGCACGGGCACGCCGAUAUCAAAUGUAAAAAUGUCUGGGUCUGGAAGGAUGCAACUUGUAAUGCUAUUGUUGGAUUCUAAAAAAUAAAAAAAAAUGUGUGUUGCAUGACAGGCAAUAGGACUCCAGUUUUUGCGACGUGGAGAGAGGGCAUUGAUUUCUCAUGCAGGAUAUGCAUCAAGAAGCACUCAGAACAUCUUUGAUGCUAGGGCAUACAUCACAGCCUUUAUGGCUCAUGUCAGAUGUGCAUGACAAAUCUUCCAAUCUUCCAGACCCAGACAUUUUUGCAUUUGAUAGCCGAGGAGGUCCCACUAAAAGCGGUGAAGAAGGUGACCAACAUGGAGGGCUCCUCGGUGCGGACGCUAUGCCUUGCAAAAGUAUCGCACUAGUAGUAACCGCAUUACAAAUUGGCUCAGCAUGACAAAUGGUAUUUGUCAUGCUGUUUUGCCUUAGGAUGGAGAUUUGUAAUGCAUGACUGCGGUUACUACGAGUACGAUACUUUUGCACAGGAUAGACGCGGAUCUCCAACCACAAAGCGGGGAUGCGAAGGUCGGUUAUCAAGUACAAAAAUGUCUGGGUCUGCAAGGUUGAAGCUUGUGAUGCUAACUUUGGACACUAAAAAAAUCUGUAUUGCAUGAUCAGCAAGAGGGGUCUAGUUUGUGCUACGCGGGGAGGGUAUUUGUCAUGCGGAAUAGGCAUCAGGAAGCCCUCUGAAAAUCUGUGACGCUAGGCCAUGCAUUACAGACGUCCUGGGUCAUGCAAAAUAUGCAUGUAGUUUGGUCUAGGUGCACAAUAUGCAUGACAAACCCGGCAACAUUCCAGACCCAGACAUUUUUGCAUUUGAUAUCGGUGCACUUGAGACAUUCCCAGGAGGGGGAGGAAGCGGCGCCGGAACAAGUCCAGAUGCAGUUUGAGGGCGAACAACAGCAAGCGGACAUGGCCAGUGAAGUAGAGACAACUUCCUCUCACAGUAGCCCUUCCUCGGACGACGGAGACCGGGACGAGAAAGUACAGAAUGCUAUCGACAAGCGCGCGCGGGACGAGAGGAGGAGGGUAUUUAGUUGUACUUACUGUCUUUGAUAAACCUUGUAUUGUUUGAUGAGUCUUCAAUAUCUUCAGCUUCACUACGUACCAUGUACAACUUAAGCACUGUCGACAUAGUGUAUGAAAAAAAGUGUCUAUAGGUACCACGACAAACAUGCAAGCAAAAGCAUUCGAAGUAGUCCCCGCAUGAUAGUUUAUGUGUUUGACGUGCACCAGCGGUCCCUACAAUGGGAACAAAUGACGGCGGCCUAUUACAACUAGCAUGAAUCGACGUGGGGUGGUCAACUUCAUGUUUACUACAUCGAAAAUAAAAAAUUCAAAUUUCUCAUCCGCCCCACAGGAGCACCUCCGCCGUGGUCCUUUCUUCGAGGGUGAGCACCAACGGGAUUCUUUCAACUCCGAUAUUGCGGUCGAGGAGGCGCGCUAUAUCACCGCGGUGAUCGCGAAACAGCACUUUAAAGCGAUGAGCGAGGUGAGUAAAAACGAGGUGCGGCAGGAGCAAACCCAGGCAACGGCGAAGCAGAUUGAUUCCGUGGGGAAGGACCUGCAGUUGCGCACGAGCGAAGUGAAAGAGUUGAUCCACGAGGACGCGACGCUUUUUGUGGAUCUGAAUUUCGACGGCCCGUUCGACCGGAAAGUGAUUUGCUCGGAAUGCGACCCGGACGGAGACAACGGGUACGGGAAGGUUUGCGACGCCACCGACUGGCGGAGACCCUGGAUCCUGAAGUCCCGGAUCGCCAACAACCCGGACAUAUCGCACCCGGAGUUUUUGAUUGCGCCGGACGGCGUCCACGAGACGGACAUCCGACAGCACAACGUGGGCGAUUGCUGGCUCACGUCCAUCCUGGCCGCGUGCGCGUACCGCGAAGACCCGGAGUUCGUGAAGCGGGCCAUCACGCACGUGCCGGAGUUCGGGGUGUUCACGUUUCGCAUUGUCGUCGAGGGGCAGAUUAUGCAUUGCCAAAGUAUCGUACUCGUAAUCGUAUAAAUGCAUUACAAAUUUCGUGAGCAUGAGAAAUACCAUUUGUAAUGCGGAUUUAGCUUCAGAAAAAAAUUUGUAAUGCAUGAUUGCAAUUACUACGAGUGCGAUACUUUUGCACAGGAUACAGAUCCGGUGGCUGCUGCUCGACGACCGCAUUCCGGUCGACCGGGGCAACAUCGCCAAUCCGAAGUUUGUUUCCUCCGCCACCCAGGGCGAGCUCUGGCCGGUCCUGAUCGAGAAGGCGUUCGCGAAGUGGGCGGGGUGCUACCAAAACCUCCGGGGCGGGAUGCAAAACAUCAUCACGCCCAUCGGGUCCACCAAGGCGAUGGAGGCCCUCACGGCCGGCUCCGAGAUUUACGAGCUGGAAACUUCGAAACGGCACAGCAACCCCAACAACCAGAUCCUGGAGCCGCAGAUGACGGUGGAAAAGAUGCUGGACUUCCGCGGCCGAAAUUUCCUGAUGACCACCUCGGGCUGCGAGGGAAAGGACGGGCUGAUCCCCGGGCACGUGUUAUCUUGAGUAAAAACGUCCCACCCUAGAGUUGUCAUGCAGAUUUGCGACUACAGGAACUACAUUUGUAAUGCGCAUCUCCAUGAGACGCGUUCUUUCCAGUCGUGUUUUGGAAUCUGUAAUGCUGUAAGUAAACACGAUGAGAAAAUGAAUUUAUCAUGCGCUCCCCUUGCUAAACAGCACUACACUGCAGAUGGAAAGAACUUGUCAUGCACAAUUUCCAAACCUUGGAGAUUUGUGUUGCAGAUUUACCAACGUGACUCUGGGGUGGGGACGUUUUUACUCAGGAUACGUGUUUUCCAUCUUAGACGUGCGGGAUAUGGAGAUGCCCCGCGGGGGCCGGGACGGCUACGUGCAGUUUUUGCAGGACUUUGCAAAAUAUGCAUUGCAAAUAUCCCUGGAUGUCUGGAAACUUGUAAUGCCGAGUUGUGAAUCGUGAAUGCUCUGUAAUGCACAUCAGCCAAGCAACAUGAGAAAUAGUUGCGCGGCUCAGUGUAGCGCUCUCCACAUGACACGUUGCGUUUUUGCAUGACAAGUCAAAGGGUCUCUUCUGGCACACGCAUGACAAACUCUUCAGUCAUGCCAGACAAGCAUGGCAAACUUUGCAUCCUUCCCGACCCAGACACAUUUGCAAUGCAUACGAAAACCCCCAUCUCCGCGCAGGAGCGGGAAAACGAAAAGGUCCUGCACCUCGUCAACGAGACCGGGUGCCCGAUUCGGUUCCGGCACUACUCGGAGGAGACCCCCACGAAGUGGCGGGGCACGGUGAUGCAGAAGACCAUGAAGAGUUACGACUUCAAGCUGGAGGGCAACCACGGGAAGCUGAAGUGGUGUUAUGCAAAAAUACAAAUUUCCUGUACAUGUACAAAAUGCAUCACAAAUUUCACCAAUUUCCCGUGUAACACUUGUCAUGCUAGACUAGGAUCGGAGCCCAGUUUUGUCAUGCAGAGACCGCAUUUCUUUGUACGUGUACGGGAAAUUUACUGUGGAUAGGUGUUACGAAACGCCCACGAGCGGGAAGAAUUUUCUUCCGGACGAGGUGCUGAGCGUGCGCAACGGGGACAUAUCAAAUGCAAAAAUGUCUGGGUCUGGAAGAUUGCCAGGUUUGUCAUGCACGUUUUGCAUGACGUGUGAGGUCUGUGAUGCAUGCCCUAGCGUCACAGAUUUUGUGAGAUCUUUACCAUGCCUUUUCCGCAUGAGAAACUGUCUCUCGGCCUUCUCAAAAGUGAACAGCUUUAUUGGUAAUCAUGCAACACAGAUUUUUGCAUGUUUCAGAUUUAGCAUGACAAGUUGCAUUCUUCCAGACCCAGACAUUUUUGCAAUGCAUAGGACACCAUCAGCUUCAAACAGCCAAACCAGGUGCAGGGCUCCAUGAUCCGGAAGAUGGCCGGACACGCGGACACCGCGAAAAUGUACGAAAAGUGCCCGGCGGGGCAGUACUGGCUGAAGGGCGGUACCCGCGCGAAGUUCGUGAAAAUCCGAAAUCCCUGGGGGCACGGGGAAUGGACGGGACUCUGGGCCGAUCAGAGCGCGGUCUGGGACUACUACCCCGAGAUUGCCAAGGCGCUCAAGUACUUAUUGUUUAUUUUGAUUUGGUUUCUCUACUCUUUAUUGUCAUUUGUUUGCUUUAGUGAUGAAUGUGGUCUCUACUUAGAAGCUGGCAUGAUGCCGUUCUUCUUCUUCGUGAAGAUUCUAUUCGCUGGCCGCUGGGUGGAGCGCUACGCAGGCGAAUUCUAGAAUAAAACCAACCGUUGCACUACGUACUCGUGAAGAUUACAUCAGGAGAAAGGAAAGUGUAGCGCUUGACUUAUGUUUUUGGAAAUCAAUGCUGGAAAUGGAAUGAACUGCAACUGCAGGGCUGAAGCUCUCUGGUUCUUGUAGAGGUCGUAAUAUGUUGCAGCCAGCGGCACUACUUACAAUGCGGGGCUUCGGAAAGAGAAGUUGUAACAGGUGUAAAUUAAUAGGGUGGCAGGAUGAAGAUGCUAGUCCACAAGUACAGCUGAAAGUAACGUACAUAGGGGAAGUUUUAAUUAAUCAAUGGCGUGUUGCAUGAACGAAAAAAAGAUAGUGCUAAAUUGGGGACUCGGAAUUUGUAUUGCAACACGGCAUAGAAGAUAAUAUCCCCACGGCCACGCCGAUUUAGGGUGCUCGAGGAAACUGAGACGAAAUAAAUGCAACCUUGCUCCUAUCUUCUAAUACGGCCGUGCCCACUAGUACUAAUGACAUCGUCAGUUCGCAUGACACAACUAGUAUGCAAUAUAAGACCUUCAACUUACAGUAGGAACUCGCUCUUCGUGUGCCAUUGUUGUGGCAGGAGAAACGUCAGCACCAAUGAAACCUGGCGCAGCUAGAAAAUUUAUCAUGCUUACAGUGCUUAUUUAGCUAUGUGCUACAUUAUAGCGCUCGGAUAAGCUCAACACCAGCUGUAAAUUAACGAAGAAAAAACUAUAGCUUCCUGAUCAAUAUCACAACUCGAAGAUCGAUCAAAGAAAGACGCAUUAGAUGCGCUACAACUUCGCUGAUUGUUUGCAGACCCAGACGAGUUGUAGUCCAGUCCCGGAGUCCCAGUACGCACCCUCAGCAGCCCUUCCGCUUCUGCUUCCGUCUGGGGCCAGCACUCCACUACGUCGGUGGAUUAUUUCUGCCAGAGCCUUUAUUCCCACCUUCCCUCGCUUCUGGUUUGUCUUGAAGAUAAUUCUGACCUGCUUUUCAUCCGCUUGGCCGCGCUGCGUCGGUCAUGCUGCAAGCACGGGUGGUGCUGCCCGGCGGAGACUGGGCGCAGAUUUGCUGGAGCCGGGCUAAGAUGGAGCAGAAUUCUUGCAGCUCCCUACCACCAGCAGAAUCUUCUGACGCGCUAACAGCUGAUCCUGAACUUAAGCGACGAGCUUUUGUAGCUGCUGGUAUGCAUUUACAUGCCAUGAUUGGUGUCUAGCUGUAGGUCCUCAUCCUGCUGUCACACUUGUACUACAUCAAGAAAGCCCAAGAUUAGCAUAGCGCUUGACCUUCGAAGUUCGGUGUAAUUCUACAAAAAACUGCAAGGAAUGGAAGGAUGCUUUUUUUUCCGGAUACCUCUAUCACGGUUGCCUAUGGAAAUUUUAUACGCAAAAGCCGAUCUUCAGGGUGAUAGAUCUUCAAUCGCUAAUGACAAGGAGCAAAUCAAAAGCAUGUCUGUAUAAUUGAAAGAGCCGCUAACAUCAAUAUUCUGACCGAGAUGAGAGUUUUCAGCAGCACGAAAAUCGUGAUCAUAUAUCAUGGGAAAAGAAAUGAAAACGCGUGGAGGUGUCCCUCUAUGCAUGAUGUAGAUGUGAUAUAUAUCGAACUCAAGUCUGAAUCGGCCGCCACUUCUUCGUGCUCGCGUUGUUGCUUCCUUCGUACUAUUUCCAGCCGACAUCCCUUGAGUUAUUCUUGUCACCCUCGCGUCCUCUCCUGUUUCCGCAAUAAUUCCUUUUACUUCAAAAGCCGGAAAGUACCAUCAACGGCAUGAUCAUCGCCCCGCCGACCACAGUGAGGCCAAGUAGAUGUGGCGCCACGGAGGAGGAUGAAAGGUCCUGUCCACGGCGUUAUCCCGCAUGUUCUGCGAUGGAUUCUCAUCUCCGCAGAUGAUAUUAACUUCAUCCCGUUAAUACUUGUCCCAUUUCCCUUGGUGCCAUUCUUUUCCGCCUUUGAGCCCAUUGACCACCACCUCCAACUGAAGAUGAAGCGGCGAAUUUGUACUCUCUCUCGGCCCGAAAUAAGAAGCCUUUCUUAGCACCAUCUCAUCCUCGCUUCCAAAUGAACCCGACGCACUACUGUUGCCCCGUACUGUAAGAUAGAGCUAUUGAAUACAUAGGAAGUUGCGCGUUUUGUGAACGACCUAAUAUGGCUAUCGCUACCUCUAUUACCUCUGCUAUCUGCUGGCCCUGCAGUUCAGUCCUUCGGAACCAACCGAUCAGAAGUCAGAUUUAUCGCUAGGACCAAAAAGAGCAAGCAAGCGGUCGGUCUACGAACACAAGAAAAACCUUUGUGCGCUGCUACUAUCCAUGUCAAAGAGCCAUUAGCAUUAUCGUGGGGAAGUGGAAACAAAACAAGAAAAAGAAUCCACGCAUGCUGCAAAUAAGAGAUUCAUGACGAGAAACAAAACAAAAAAAUCGGUCUUUCUGGAUCCUGCCUCGUCGUCCUUCAGAGUAGAUGAAUCGCAGUUCGUGUUGUUUCUCUUGUUCCAACUAUAAGAACAACACUAUGAUUCUGAAAGGAUUUUACUAUCUCACCAAAAAAAAACCCUCACAACAGCUUUGUGAAGUCGGACGACGGCGUGUUCUUCCUGCAGUGGGAAGACUUCGAUUGGUCCUUCGGCGCCGCCACGGUGUGCGGGCACUGCCACGGCUCCCCGUUGAAGAUGGCGACGUACGAGCACCGGAUAUGGAUUGCAAAAAUGUCUGGGUCUGGGACAUUGCGAGAUUUGUCAUGCUAGUCUGGCAUGACUCUGGUAUCUGUACUGCGUGGCAACCAGGAGCUCCUCUUGCCUGUCAUGCAAACACGCAGUUUCUCAUGCGGAAUACGCAACACAUACACAGAAGUCGUCAUGCUUGGGGGCGCAUUACAGUGUGGUUAUUAUUCAGUGACCUGCAUCACAACUUUCCAGACCCAGACAUAUUUGCAGUUGAUACCGGAAGGACUUUAUCAAGUCUCCGUCUAGAAGAAAGGACAUGAGCUACGAGCGCGAGCACUGGUCUGCGUAUGGCAAGAGAAAAGGGGAAUCCGAAUCAAGUGAGGGCUACGGCUGGGAGCCCCAGCCAGGCGAAAAUUGGGAGCGGGACCAAUUCGACAACUACGAUGAUGCCACAGCAGGGGGUGGAGGGAAACGAAAAGGAAAUGCGCAGCCCUGCAGCUGUGUCAUCAUGUGAGAAACCUUAGGUCUUUGUAAUUGUAGUACUAGAUAGAGAAAAUCGAGAUAAGUUGCACUUUUACUUUGCUUGCUGUACGCGCAAAUUGCUCGACGAAAGAACGGGGUGCUGGUGCAGCUCGAGCCUUCUUCUAAAUUAGCCGACCCUAUUUCCAUUCGAUGGACGUAUUUAUUUGUUGUUGUUAGAAGGUUUUACUGUAGUUUCCAACUUUGCAGGAUAUCAACCUGCAGCAGACAGGCACUGACGCUGUCUAGUUUUUGUUUUUAGUAGUUUUUCAGGUACACAGUUUUUUUCUUUUUUUCCGUAGUUUGAACAUAUUUGCAUUCAUUGACACAUCGAGCACUUCCUUGUUCGACCUCAUUUUUUUUCUGGAGUAGUAGAUACUUGACCGAGCUUUUUUCCACGAGUUUUUUCUCAGCAGUGGGGUACUUUAAUUCUUCGUGUUAGCAGGCAUCGUCAAUAAGUAGGUAGCCAGGGGCUCUCAUGGGAUUCAGGAUUUUCCAUGUUGCACUCUGAUGUUGACUGCCUAACAAGAAAAUUCCUAUUCAAUAAAGUAAGAACAUGAAUUUGAAGAAUUGCCUAGCUGCGCGACAGAAAUACUAAGAGUGAGAGAACGAUGCUCGUCGAAAUGAAGCCGUUCGAUAUUUAGGACUCGAGAAGUAAAAAUGGAGAUCCGGAUCCAAAUCUAGUUUUCAGCCAGAAGGUAGUUGUAAUAUAAUCAAUAAACCGCGAAGAAGGUGGUAGAUAAAAUCCGUACUAGCAGCUCUUUGAGUUAACAUAGCUUCAGUAUAAACUAUAGCACUCGACGGCCACAUGAGCGUGUAGUAGAACGAACUAGAAGCGAUACAACUACAACAGCAGCACGCGAUGAACUAGUACUAGUCACUCGCAGAGGCAGACAUGUGCGAGAAUGAGAUGUAUUGUUAUGGUGCUUGGACGAUCAUCACCAUCACCUGUGCGCAACAAGAUGAGCGAAAGAAUGCGGAUGCUUGAAAUGAGAAUGAUGUUAUCUCCGACAAUAAAAGCGCUCAGAUUUGAAAGUAGAAACAGCACCAGCAAGUGACAUGAAACUUCUUCAAAGACAAAUCUGUCGAGAUGAACUACCGCCACAGAGGACAGACAGCGUGUGGUUUUUUUCUGCAAUUGAGAAACUAGUUCAGACUACUCGGCUUGCCACAACUGAGUAACUCUCGAGCUUGCGACAGGAGAAAUUUCGAAAAAAUACAAAAAUCUGUUGGUUUUUUCAGUGUUCAAGAUCGGACCCACUGGCACCACAAGCAACAUCGAAGUAGAUAGACUAGUGGUACGGCUAACA